UUGGGGUAAAUGCUUGAAAAUAGUUGGAAUUUCCUUGAAGAUUUUUUCAAGAUUUUUCAUGGAAAUUUUAGGGAAUCUUCACUAAAAACUUAAGCUUAUUUUAGGAAAUUUUGAUUCAUUUAAUUGAAAAUUGUUUAAAGUUCUUUAGAAUUUGACUGAAUGUUGUCUAGAAACUUCUACUUACACAUUUUGGAAUAUUUCAGGAAUUAUUGGGUAAUAUUCUCAAAAGUUCUCAAAAACUUUCACAGGAAUUUUGGCAAUGUGUUACUGUAGACAGAUGAAAUUCAGAAGAUUUGUUAUUCUUAACAGGUACGUUUUUGAACAGCCAAAGAAACCCAUGAUCUUUGUGAAAAUGAUUUCUUUCAAAUAGAAGUCUUAUAAUACUUAUUCUUUUUAUUUCCUUUUUGUUACACAAAGGUAGUUUUAAUGUUUUUUACAGUAAAAAAUAAAUUGAUUGUGCAGACAUUUUUUGUGUUAACUUCCUGUUAAAAAGACAAUUUUUUUUUCUUUUUACUUAUCAGGUCCUUUUUUCCCAAUAAAUUUAGGAAACUUGAAAUACAUGGCACACAAAGGCUUGGUCUCAGAGGGUUACAAUUGUCCUUUCUUUGCAACAUUUUUCAUUGAUUUUAAGUUUGAUGACAUUGCCAAAAAUCCCACUUUUUCAGGACAAGAUCUUCAGCCCUGAAUAACUUUAUUUUAUCUAUUUUCAGCAUAAAAAAACCUCCCUGUCAUCACAGUAAAACAUUCCUCUUCACUUAGUCAGUGAAAAGGAAACGUCACAUUGCUCUCAGUUCCAUCCAAACACAGCUCUGCAGAAGCAGCAGCAGAUUCAGUUUCAUAGCAGUGACCUCAAAGCACAUGACACCUGAGGUUAGGCUUCGACUGUGUUUGGUGUUGUGUUACAAAAAGAAGCAUGUCAUGAGAGAGGGUGAGGGAGGAAGUAAGAGAGAGAGAGAGAGUGUGGUGUUGGGUAAGGGGGGAGGAGAAGCAGCUCUGAGCUCACUACCUGAGGAGAGCCAAUUCAAGGGCACCGGAGUCACACUGAGCAUUUAAGCCCAAGCACAGAGAAGUUUUACUGAAUCGCUGGAAGAAAACAAAGUCCCAGCUCGACCUUGCAUGAGUGGAUUCUUCUGACUGUGGCCUGAGAGAGCUCUGUUCAAAGAUGGCCGAGGCCCAUCAGGCGGUGGGCUUCCAGUUCACUGUACGCCCAGAUGGUGUGGACCUUAAACUGAGCCAAGAGGUCAUCAAAAACAUCUACCUGUCAAGUGUGACAGCAUGGAAGAAGAAAGCCAUUCAACUCAAGAAUGGAGUACUAGCUGGAGUCUAUCCUGCCAGUCCCUCCAGUUGGCUGAUAGUUGUGAUUGUCAUGAUGAGUUCCUUGUACACUCGCAUAGACCCAUCUCUAGGAAUGAUUCACACAAUCAAGGACAACCUGCCACUCAGAGACUAUAUGUCAGUGCAGACCCGAGCGGUGCUGAGCUCCAUCCUGUUUGCCACUGGACUGUGGCUCUUCCUCAUCUACCUCCUCAGAUACACGCUGAAAGCUCUGCUCUCCUACCAUGGAUGGAUUUUUGAAUCCCAUGGGAAAAUGAGCACAUCAACCAAAUUAUGGCUGAGCCUGGUGAAGAUGUUCUCUGGUCGCAGGCCGCUCCUCUACAGUUUCCAGGCCUCUUUACCCAGACUGCCUGUACCCAGUGUGGAGGAUACAAUUCACAGGUACCUGGAGUCAGUCCGACCCCUGCUGGACACUGAGCAGUACAAUCAGAUGGAGAUUCUGGCCAAUGAGUUUAAAGAUUCAAAAGCGGCCAGGCUUCAGAGAUAUCUCAUCCUAAAAUCCUGGUGGGCAACUAAUUAUGUCAGUGACUGGUGGGAGGAGUACAUCUACCUUCGUGGCAGGAGUCCUAUCAUGGUCAACAGUAACUUUUAUAUAAUGGACCUCUUGUAUGUGACUCCAACACACCGACAAGCUGCACGGGCAGGAAAUAUGGUGCAUGCAAUGCUGCAGUACAGACGCAAACUGGAGCGUGGUGAACAUGCACCGCUGAGGGCUUUGGGGACUGUUCCCAUGUGCUCCACACAGAUGGAGAGGAUGUUUAACACCACCCGUAUCCCUGGAAUUGAAACAGAUAUCGUACAGCACCUGACUGACCGUAAGCACCUGGUUGUCUAUCACAAGGGCCGUUUCUUCCAGGUGUGGCUGUACACUGGGGGGCGCCACCUCUUACCCAGUGAACUGGAGAUGCAGUUUCAAAGGAUCCUCAAUGAUACCUCAGAACCACAGCCAGGAGAACUCAAACUAGCUUCCCUGACUGCAGGAAACAGAGUUCCAUGGGCUCAGACUCGUGUUAAAUACUUUGGCCAAGGAGCAAACAAAGUGUCCCUGGAUGCUGUGGAGUCAGCUGCCUUCUUCCUGACACUAGAUGAUGAGCCACAGGGUUAUGACCCUGCAAAGAAACGUUCACUUGAUAGUUACGCCAAGUCCCUACUUCAUGGAAAAUGUUACGACAGAUGGUUUGAUAAAUCUUUCACCUUGAUCUCUUAUCCAAAUGGUAAAAUGGGAAUCAGUGCUGAACAUUCUUGGGCUGACGCUCCAAUUGUUGGACAUAUGUGGGAGUAUGUCCUUUCAACAGACUGCUUCCAUCUUGGCUACACAGAAGAGGGACACUGUAAAGGGGAUGUAAACAAAAACCUACCGUAUCCCACUCGGCUACAGUGGAAGAUUCCAAAGGAGUGCCAAGACUCCAUUGAGGCUUCAUACAUAUUAGCAAAGCAGAUAGCUGAUGACGUGGACUUCCAUGGCUGUCUGUUUAGUGAGUUUGGGAAAGGACUCAUCAAGAAGUGCAGGACCAGCCCUGAUGCCUUCAUUCAGUUGGCCCUGCAGCUGGCUCAGUUCAGGGACCAGGGAGUGUUCUGUCUGACAUACGAGUCAUCAAUGACGCGUAUGUUCAGAGAUGGUCGGACAGAGACGGUACGCUCCUGUACCUCUGAGGCGGUUGCUUUUGUUAGAGCCAUGGAGGAUCCAGGUGCAACAAAUGCUCACAGACUUGCCCUAUUUCGGACAGCAGCAAAUAAGCAUCAAAACAUGUAUCGUCUAGCCAUGACUGGUUCUGGCAUUGACCGCCACCUCUUCUGUCUCUACAUUGUGUCCAAAUACCUCGGGGUGGACUCUCCAUUUCUGGAGAAGGUGCUUUCAGAGCCAUGGAAGUUGUCGACCAGCCAGACUCCACAGCAGCAGCUCAAUUUAGUUGACAUCAAUAAGUUCCCCAGAUAUGUCGGUGCUGGUGGUGGAUUUGGCCCAGUGGCUGAUGAUGGUUAUGGUGUGUCUUAUAUAAUUGUUGGGGAAAAUCUCAUAACAUUCCACAUCUCCAGCAAGUUCUCCAGCCCAGACACAGACUCGUACCGGUUUGGCCAGCACAUUUGGAAGGCCAUGCUUGAUAUUCAAACACUUUUCAAGCUUGAAAAUGACAAGAGGAUGGUGGAGUAUUCUAAGCACGUACAACUAGAAAAUGGGAAAAAGCACAUAUGACAAAAACUGUUUAAUGAUUUUUUGCUUUUGCACUAAUAAUCAAUUAGUGUUUCUGGUGUGGUGGGUCAUAUAAUGAGAGCAGGUCAUUCCAGUCUGUCAGGCAAAGGGAAUAAAUGUUACUCCUCUAAUUUAUUUGUAUUUAUAUACUUGCAAGAGCUGUUUUUGGUGCUGAGGGAAAGAUAUUUUCUUUUUAGGUGUGAAUUUUGUCAGUUGUGCCACUGACUGUACAUAGCUCUAGUUAUGUUAGAAAUAUAAAUCUAAUAUUUGUAUAUGUUCUACAAUAUGUAAAAUUUAUUUGUAAAUAUAUCUGAUUUAAGAUUUCUUAUUUUUUAAAAUAUAAAUAUUUGUAAACUGUAUUGAUGAACUUGUUCAUUUAUGCAUUGUACUUUUGGUUAAAGUUAUUGUGCCAUUUUAACAUGAAGAUUACCAUUAGAACCUUUUCUCUUAUAAAAUAUAGACACAUAGAUCAUUACACAGUUAAUCGCAAUGGUUAAUUUGCUUAAGCUUCCAUUCAUCAUCAGUUGAACAGUAAGGUAAAUCUUUGAAAAAUAUAGAAAAUGGAUGCAGAUAAAACAUUUUACUGUAAGAGAAGUUUAUUUGAACGGGUGUUAUGGAGGUCAUUUAUUGUUCAUGAUAUCCAUAUGAACAUUUACAGAGGCCUUCCUGAACCAUCCAGGUGAUGAGAACAAACAAAUCAAAGAUCUGAACUUUGAUCAGCCUGAAGGUGACAUAACAUUGAUUCAGGCUGCUUUAAUAAAGCACCUGCAAAAAUCACACUGCAAUCCAAAUAAUGUAAACUCUUUUCCACAUAUUACCCAUGAUAAGAUGAAAAACUGGGAACGUGAAGAGAACAUGAGUUAUCUCCUGAGGGGUAUGCAGA